CUGGGGUUGCGCUUGCGCAGUGCGUCGCCGCGAGUCGGACGCGCAUGGCGGACUCCGGGACGCAGGCUCCUGGGUUUCGUGAGGCAGUAGUGGUCCCGCCGGCUCGCUGAGCGCGCCCGACAGGAUGCCCGAGAUCAGGGUCACGCCCCUGGGGCCUUUGCACAGCUGCCCCUCUCAUCCCAGCUGUCCCUCUCCACCCUGCUCGGAAUUCGUCUUCUCAGGCAGGGCUGGAAGUUUGUGUGCCCUUCCUUGCCUUACUUUUUCCUGAGGUGCUGAUCUCCCCGAAUGCAAGUUUGUCUAGGGGCUGGCCAGGACGUGGGCCGAAGCUGCAUCCUGGUCUCCAUUGCGGGCAAGAACGUCAUGCUGGACUGCGGGAUGCACAUGGGCUUCAGUGACGACAGGCGCUUCCCCGACUUUUCUUACAUCACCCGCAGCGGCCGGCUGACUGACUUCCUGGACUGCGUGAUCAUCAGCCACUUCCACCUGGACCACUGCGGGGCGCUCCCCUACUUCAGCGAGAUGGUGGGCUACGACGGGCCCAUCUACAUGACCCAGCCCACCCAGGCGAUCUGCCCCAUCCUGCUGGAGGACUACCGCAAGAUUGCCGUGGACAAGAAGGUGGUAGAGAUUACAAAACACAUCCAUGACAACAGAGCUCUAAGGUACUUGGAACUUUUGCCUCUUUCCGGGACGGUGCAAGAGCCUCGGAGCACCUCAAAUGCAUUUACUCCUCCCUUGACUCACUGGCUCUUGUUUCCAUGUAUUUUAAUUCCCUCAGCGUGCGAGACCCCUGGGACCUCACCGCUGAUGCUGGUGGACGAUGAGCUGGAAAUCAAGGCUUACUAUGCGGGCCACGUGCUGGGGGCGGCCAUGUUCCAGAUUAAAGUGGGCUCAGAGUCUGUGGUCUACACGGGGGAUUAUAACAUGACCCCAGACCGGCAUUUGGGAGCUGCCUGGAUUGACAAAUGCCGGCCCAACCUCCUGAUCACAGAAUCCACGUACGCCACCACCAUCCGAGACUCGAAGCGCUGCCGGGAGCGAGACUUCCUAAAGAAGGUCCAUGAGACCGUGGAGCGUGGCGGGAAGGUGCUGAUCCCCGUGUUUGCGCUGGGCCGUGCUCAGGAGCUCUGCAUCCUGCUCGAGACCUUCUGGGAGCGCAUGGACCUGAAGGCCCCCAUCUACUUCUCCACGGGCCUGACGGAGAAGGCCAACCACUACUACAAGCUUUUCAUCCCCUGGACCAACCAGAAGAUCCGGAAGACCUUUGUGCAGAGGAACAUGUUUGAGUUCAAGCACAUCAAGGCCUUCGAUCGGGCGUUUGCCGACAGCCCGGGUCCCAUGGUCGUGUUUGCCACACCAGGGAUGCUGCAUGCCGGCCAGUCCCUACAGAUCUUCAGGAAGUGGGCAGGGAACGAGAAGAACAUGGUCAUCAUGCCCGGCUACUGCGUGCAGGGCACCGUGGGCCACAAGAUCCUCAGCGGGCAGCGCAAGCUGGAGAUGGAGGGGCGGCAGGUGCUGGAGGUCAAGAUGCAGGUGGAGUACAUGUCCUUCAGCGCCCACGCGGACGCCAAGGGCAUCAUGCAGCUGGUGGGUCAGGCGGAGCCGGAGAACGUGCUCUUGGUGCACGGCGAGGCCAAGAAGAUGGAGUUUCUGAAGCAGAAGAUUGAGCAGGAAUUCCGGGUCAGCUGCUACAUGCCGGCCAACGGCGAGACGGUGACACUGCCCACGAGCCCCAGCAUCCCCGUGGGCAUCUCACUGGGGCUGCUGAAGCGGGAGAUGGCACAGGGGCUGCUCCCUGACUCCAAGAAGCCCCGGCUCUUGCAUGGCACCCUGAUCAUGAAGGACAGUAACUUCCGGCUCGUGUCCUCAGAGCAGGCCCUCAAGGAGCUGGGCCUGGCCGAGCACCAGCUGCGCUUUACCUGCCGUGUGCACCUGCACGACACGCGCAAAGAGCAGGAGACAGCCGUGCGCGUGUACAGCCACCUGAAGAGCGUCCUCAAGGACCACUGCGUGCAACACCUUCCUGACGGCUCCGUGACCGUGGAGUCCAUCCUCAUUCAGGCCGCUGCCCACUCAGAGGACCCAGGCACCAAGGUGCUGCUGGUCUCCUGGACCUACCAGGACGAGGAGCUGGGAAGCUACCUCACGUCUCUGCUCAAGAAGGGCCUGCCCCAGGCCAGCUGAGGCCCCACCGCCAGGACUGUGUGCACCCUGGAUCUUCCCUGUGUCCUCGGAUGUGGAGCCCACAGCUGGCUACGACCCUCAUCUGUGCAGAGACCACAGUGCCACCACGCCCCUGCCCGAGUGGCUGCUUUUGGCCGAAGAAAGAAACGGACCUGGGGGGCUUUUCACCUUUUAUUUCUGCUCCUGGGCUCCCAGGAGAUGGGGGGGGGCUCCCGGGGUGUUGAUUUCCAGUAAAAACAACCACAGGCUGUU